AUGGCUGCUACACUUGUUGACAGCGCUGUUCGUUCCGCAGCGUCAGAAGAACCAGUGGUGGUGGCAUCUCUUGCCUCGACACAGUCCACCAAGAGCGGCACGACUGACGAGGCAGUCGAUAAGCCAAAUGACGAAGGAAGGAGCGUGGUCCAACAACUGGUUUUCGGUGCACUGGAUAUCGCCAAGAUUACGAAUCUGUGGAAGACUGCAGAGCAGUACAUUUCUCUCAGCCAUUCCUACCGGAGGCUAGAGCUCGAUAAAUUUCCAGUUCAAGACGAAAACGGGAAUGUCACCGAGAAACUGAUGGCUCAGUUAUUCUUAAGCCGGAGCUUCAAGCGUUGGUUCAAGUCUGUCUGUGCUUCGCAUACAGAAGCUGAUGGGAUCAAAUUUCUUGAGACGAUUUACACCGAGAAGAAGCUGGCAACGAUGCUAGCCAUGUUUCGUCGCUCGACAAAACACUACUGGAGAAAAAAGUAUGCCAAGCGGUUGCAACGUGCGCAAUUCGAUUUGUGGUACGACCGCAUGGUGUCGCCGUCGGAACUUACUGUGGGUAUUCUAGGAUUGGAAGACGGAAUUGCCGAUACACCAUCUAUUGAGAGGGACAUCGUUUUUCAGUACCAGACCUAUCGGUAUAUUGAUCAUAAAAAAGAAGAUCAAAAUGACGGGUGGUAG